CAUUCUCUGCUAUGAACGCCCUCUCCUGCCUAAUUAUUCACGAGUCAUCUUCACGAGCACGUGUCUUUGCCGCGCUGUACGCCCAAUCAGAAGUUCGUGAUGUGUGAAAGAUAAGGAGCUCUGCAAUGGCUUCCCGUGUUUUGAUUCAUCUGCUUUUGACUGUGAUAUUAUUCCACGUGACAGUUGCUAAUUAUUGUAAAGAGUAUGUGAGCAGCAGUGGCGUGUUUCACUUCCGCUCUAGCUGCAGUUACUUGCAAUUCUGCUGUGGGACCUGCGACAACAGAUACUGCUGCUCAAAUCCAUUUGCCGUUUUAACAGAUGAGGAUCAAAAUGCCUGCACUAUAAAUAACCUUAGUCAAGCUGCCAUUGGAUUGAUAGCACUGGGGAUUUCAAUCUUCGUCAUCCUGACUCUCAUCUGUUGUUGUUGUUGUUGUCCGUGCUGUUGUCUCUACAACACGUGCAGAAAACCUAGAACCGUGGUGGGAACGUCAACCACAACAGUUGUAAAUACGCAAUGCGUUAUGCAGCAGCCUCCCGUCCAGGGAGCUCAGUACCCACCAUAUCAGCCUGUGCCAACACAGCCACCUUAUGGAGGGCAGCCAUAUCUGGCACAGCCAUCUGCACAAGGACCAUAUCCGGCACAGCCAUCUGCACAAGGACCAUAUCAGGCACAGCCAUACGCACCAGGACCCCCACCCCCAUAUCAGACAGUCGCAGGCCCUGCAUAUCCCAGCAGUCAGGCUGCAUAUCCUCCUACUCAGGCAGGUUUCGCUCCUUUGCCCCAGCCAACAGACACCUCGAAACAGCCACCGUAUAACCCCGCCUUUAUGCAGCCACCACCCUCCUAAUACUAAACCACAGACGUCUGGUUCACCUGAGUCGCCCUUUUUCACCUGGUUCACCUGAGUCGCCCUUUUUCACCUGGUUCACCUGAGUCGCCCUUUUUCACCUGAUUCACCUGAGUCGCCCUUUUUCACCUGGUUCACCUGAGUCGUCUGCUGCACAUGAGUCACCUGCACUUCAUGUUUCGGUUGGAAGUUCCGAAUCUAACCCCUGAGCUUAUUGUCCCGACCACGUCUGCUGAGCCUAAGUUUCUUGAGUUUUCGGUCACAACCAUAAGGCCUGUUUCUGAGUUUCCUGUUUCCAAGUUACCUGUGUGUCAUGUAGAGUCCGAGAUGGUUAUUCCUGAUUUCUCUGUGUCCUUUAGGUCAGCUAAGAUUGUCACUCCUAAGCUCCAUAGACUCUCUGCCCUUGCCAAAAUGGCUGUGUAUGACUCUGAACUCUCCGUCCUGCCCAAGAUAGCCAACCCAGAACUCUCUGCCUGGCUCAAGAUUGACAUUAUUGAACUCUUUAAAAACUCUGCUCUUGCUGACCUGUGUCUUGCUAACCUGGCUAUGCCAGCCUCUUUCUCUGCUAUCUCUGUCUGCAGGUCUAGAGCGCCUCCAGCGCCACCCUGGUGUCCAAUGUCACCUGUACUCUGGUCGGUAGAAGCUCUCCCAAGUAUUUUUUUUUUUUGGGGGGGGGUAGUACCCGCACGCAUGGAGGAGGCUGAGGACACAGAGGAGGAAGCCGAGGACUCUGUAUAAUGUUUAUGUCUUGUGUUUUGUUUGGUGUGCUCUGGGAGUUGCCCUUUAGAGUAAGACAAAACCCUUUAUGUAAGGGUUUUGUCUUGUGUUUUGUUUUGGUUUUAGGUGUUUUAUUUUGACAUGUUCUGUUUCAGGUCUUUUAUUUUGAUAUCUUUUCAUGUCAUGCUUCACAUUCCACUUCCUGUUUAUCAGUAUAUAACCGGUUCAUUCUGUACAUCUCACUGCAAAGUAUUGCCAGAGUAACUCCUGCAUACCAAGCGUUUCAUAGUCUUUUUUGACCUGUUGCCUGUUUAUUGGAUUACGUUUUUGGAUUGUCCUUUUGGGAUUUUACCAAUAAACCUCCUUGCAUUUGGAUUCGUCUCUCUGUGUCACUUUUGUAAGCAGCCUACGUUACAAUGACUGUGAUUUGUAAGGAUUUAUAUUUAAAUUUUCUGUCACUAUUCUGAAAUGUUUAAUAAAGCUGCAUUUGGUAA